AUGGCAGAACCACCGCCCGAUGAUUCGGCGCCGGUUCGGCUGAAAGACCUGGAAGGAAUUUAUAUGGAUGGUCCCAGCAAGAGGCCUGAAGCACUUUCAUUCGAGACACUUAUUGAUUCCCUUAUCUGCUUAUACGACGAAUGUUGCAACAGCACGUUAAGGAAGGAAAAAUGUAUUGCAGAGUUCGUAGAAUCAGUAAAAUCAGUUAUCGGCAAAGCUAAGAAGCUUCGGCUAAAUCGAGAAGACUUCGAAGUUCUCAAAGUGAUCGGAAAAGGAGCUUUCGGAGAAGUAGCCGUUGUCAGAAUGCGCGGAGUCGGUGAAAUUUACGCGAUGAAAAUUCUGAACAAGUGGGAAAUGGUGAAAAGAGCAGAAACUGCUUGUUUUCGAGAAGAACGCGAUGUUUUAGUGUAUGGAGAUCGAAGGUGGAUCACGAAUUUGCAUUAUGCAUUUCAAGAUGAGAAGAAUUUGUACUUCGUGAUGGACUACUACAUUGGUGGUGACAUGCUCACACUUCUCUCAAAAUUCGUCGAUCACAUACCCGAAUCAAUGGCGAAAUUCUAUAUUGCUGAAAUGGUGCUAGCUAUCGAUUCCCUUCAUCGGCUAGGCUAUGUACAUCGAGAUGUAAAGCCUGACAACGUACUUCUCGAUAUGCAAGGACACAUUCGACUAGCCGAUUUUGGAAGUUGUCUACGGAUACUUCCCGAUGGUUCAGUAGCGUCGAACGUAGCGGUUGGAACCCCUGAUUACAUUUCACCCGAAAUUUUAAGAGCCAUGGAAGAUGGUCGAGGCCGAUAUGGAAAAGAGUGUGAUUGGUGGUCACUUGGUAUUUGCAUGUAUGAAAUGCUCUACGGCACAACACCAUUCUAUUCGGAACGACUGGUAGACACUUACGGAAAAAUUAUGAGUCAUCAAGACAUGCUUGAUUUCCCUGAUGAUGAAAUCGAUUGGAUUGUAUCAGAGGAAGCCAAAGAUCUGAUACGACAACUCAUCUGUUCAAGUGAUGUACGAUUCGGACGAAAUGGUUUGAGUGACUUCCAGUCUCAUCCAUUUUUCGAAGGAAUUGAUUGGAACACGAUUCGAGAUUCAAGUCCUCCAUAUAAACCAGAAGUUUCGAGUCCGGAAGAUACUUCGAAUUUCGAUGUCGAUGUUUGCGAAGACGAUUUCACUCCAUGCGAAACUCAACCACCUCGAGUACUAGCCGCAUUCACUGGAAACCAUCUCCCCUUUGUUGGUUUCUCGUACACACAUGGCAGUUUACUGUCAGAUGCUCGCUCAUUAACAGAUGAAAUACGAGCAAUCGCCCAGAGGUGUCAAGGAGAUGCUGAGUUAAUGGAGAAAAGUGUCGAUGGAUUUAUGGUUGAACUUGAGAAUGAGAAGGCUGAAUUGGUUCAAAAACUGAAAGAAGCUCAGAUAAUUAUUGCACAACACGUUGCAGAAAAUCCAAGGACUGACGAGGACCGAAACUAUGAAGCAACGAUAGCUCAACUGAAAGAUGAAAUACAGAUUUUGAAUAAACGACUGGAAGAUGAAGCUGUCGCUCAACAACAACAGAAGCCAAAAGAUGAAAUCGUUGUGGAAAGUGAGAAGAAAUUGAAAGAAAUGAAAGAACGAAACAAACAGUUGGUUAUGGAGAAAAGCGAAAUCCAGAGAGAGUUGGAUAAUAUCAACGAUCAUUUGGAUCAAGUUUUGGUUGAGAAAGCGACAGUUGUACAACAAAGAGAUGAUAUGCAAGCAGAGUUGACUGAUGUUGGAGAUGCCUUGCUAAGUGAGAAAGAUACGGUGAAACGAUUACAUGAAGAGUCUGAGAAGGCAAAGAAGCAGGCUGCGGAGCUGGAAGAGAAACUGAAAACUGUGGAAGCUGAGAAGAUUGUAUUGAUUAAGAAGCAAGAAGAAGUCACCAGCGAGGCUCGUAAAUCCGCUCAACCCGACGAUCAACUCUCGGAAGAAGUCGUUGCCGCCAAGAAGAACAUUGCCACGUUACAAUCGGCCAACGAAGAAAAAGAGGCAGAAAUCAAGAAGCUGAAGCAGAGAAUGGAAGAAGAGCGUGCAUCCCAUACGGCUCAAUCGGAGCAAGAAAUGAAGCAAUUGGAGGCUCAUUACGAACGAGCACAGAAGAUGCUUCAGGAUAACGUUGAACAAAUGAACGUCGAGAAUCGUGGACUUCGCGAUGAAAUCGAGAAGCUCUCGCAGCAAAUGGCUGCUCUUCCACGUGGUGCCCUCACAGAGCAACAACUUUUGGAACUGUUCAACUGGGUGAAUGAGGAGAAGGCAACACGUGAGGAGAUGGAGAAUUUGACAAGAAAGAUUACCGGAGAAGUCGAGUCAUUGAAGAACAAUUCGCCAUUAACAACUUCGAAUUACAUCCAAAAUACUCCAUCUGGAUGGGGAUCGCGAAGGAUGAAUAAUGUUGCGAGAAAGGACGGAUUAGACUUGCAACGUCAACUUCAAGCCGAAAUUGAUGCCAAGUUGAAGCUGAAGUCUGAGCUCAAAAACACCCAAGAACAAUACCUCACUGCCACCGCUCGGUUGGAUGAUACUGAAAAACGAAUGGCUUCGUUGAUGAGAGAAGUAUCUAUGCUCAAACAACAGAAACAUAUCGAUAAUUCAACAGACAGCGCUUUCUCUUCUACUGUAGGUCGUGGCGAUUUGAUGAUUAGUAUGACAAACGACUACGAGAUGUCGAAUUCAUCUUUAAUGCGACAAGAAAUGAUCUCAAGACAAUCUACUCCAUCUUACGAAAAUGCGAUUCUUCUCCAUGACCAUCAAGCGCCGAAACGGGUUGAUGAUUUGAGAUAUAAACAGAAACCAAUCAAAACUGGUAGUGGCAUCUUCUCUCCAGUCUCCGUAUCAGCAAUGGAAAGAGGUCAUAAUUUCGAAAGGAUGAAAAUCAAAACUCCAACGAAAUGCGGGCACUGUACAUCAAUCCUCAUCGGACUCGAUCGUCAAGGUCUCUUCUGCCAAAGCUGUCAUUACGCCUGCCACGUGUCAUGUGCUGAACGAGUAUCUCAAUCAUGUCCGGUACCAGAAGAAGAACGUCGACCACUGGGAAUAGAUCCAACUCGUGGAGUUGGAACUGCUUAUGAAGGACUUGUGAAGACACCGAGGACUGGUGGUGUGCGAAAAGGAUGGCAAACCGCAUAUGUAGUUGUGUGUGACUUCAAACUCUAUCUCUACGACUGUACUGUUGAUAAACAGAAUAAAAUGCAAGACGUGAAGAAUGAGAUUCGAUUGGUACUCGAUAUGCGUGAUCCAGAUUUCACAGUGUGUGGAGUCAGUGAAGCCGAUGUAAUUCAUGCGCAGAAAGGAGAUGUUCCAAAGAUCUUCCGAGUAACCACUACCCAAAUCAUGAACUCGUCAUCGGAAUACUCGUCAUCGUCGAAAUUCUAUACUCUGUUCAUGGCUGAGACGGAAGAAGAAAAACGGAAGUGGGUUGUUGCCUUGAGUGAAUUGAAGACGUUGCUCAGAAGAUCAAAACUGGCGGACCGCAAAGCAUUCCUAGUGAAAGAAGUGUUUGAUGUGACAACUCUCCCAUCUAUUCGAGUAGCACAGUGUUGUGCAAUAAUCGAUCGAUCGAAAAUUGUGAUAGGAUUUUCUGAUCAUGGACUCUACUGCGUUGAAAUCAAUCGACAAGUGUUGAUUCCAGUCGGUGGUGAGAAGGAGAACAAGCAGCGAUGUGUGGAAACUGUCGAAUACGACGAAGGAGAACAAUUGCUCAUGAUGAUUGUUGGACCAGCUAAAGACCGUCAUGUUCGAUUAGUUCCAAGUGCAGCAUUAGAUGGAAGAGAUUUGAAGUGGAUUAAAGUGAAUGAUACGAAAGGAUGCCAUCUGAUGGCUGUCGGCACAAACACUCCAGGUCGAUCCGGACUCUUUGCCGUUGCUUUCAAGAAGAGUGUCACAAUAUUCCAGAUAGAUCGAUCUGAGAAAAGGCAUAAAAAGUGGAAGGAUCUUGCUAUGCCAGGAACUCCACAAUCCAUUGCAAUCUUCAAUGGCCGUCUCUACGUCGGUUUCCCACACAGCUUCCGUUCAUGGUCACUUGUCGGAGUUGAUGCCUCCCCGAUUGGUGGUGGAGAUGCAAGCGGCGUUGUUCUUCAACAUAUUUCAUUAGUCAACAUGGAAGAUACCUCGCUGCAAUUCCUGAACCAACAAACUCAAUACGAGGCUAAACUUAUCGUAAACGUCCCCGGAUCACCGGAUGAAUACUUGCUUGUUUUCAAUAUGAUUGGUCUGUAUGUCAACGAAAUGGGCCGUCGAUCUCGUCUACCAGAAGUGAUGUUCCCAACACAAGCCAAAUAUUUCGCAUAUCAUGAGCCCUACUUGUGUGUUUUCUCUGAAAAUGAAGUCGACGUUUUCAAUGUGACACUUGCCGAAUGGGUUCAAACGAUUAACUUGAGGUAG